AUGACACAAAUUAAAAAAUCUAUUGAAGCAAGAAAUGAAGAUUUUUUCACUAACCAAAAAAAAUUCUACAACAAUAUCCUUAACAAAAACAAAAACAAUAUUAAAAUUGACAGAAUAAUUGAAAACGACAUGAUUAUUACCAACCCAAAUAUGAUCAAAGAAAAAAUAGAAAAUCACUUCUACAACUAUUUUAAACAUAAUGAAUUACCAGAUAUUACAGAAGACAAUGAAUUCUGGAAAAUCCUUCAACCAAAAAAUACACACAAAGAAAUACUUCUAAAUAUUCUAGACAAACCCAAAGAAGAAGAAUGGAUCCCCAUCAUUAAACACUUGCCCUCAAAAAAAGCUCUCGGACCUUCUAACAUCUCAUAUGAACAUAUAAAACAUGCUCAUUACAACAUGCAGAAAUUAAUUAUACACUUAAUAUCAUUGUGCUAUAAAAGCAACAAUAUUCCAGAAGAAUGGAAAACAUCACAUAUCUACCCAAUCCCAAAAAGAGAAGAUUGGGGAUACAAUAUUAAUAUUAUAAGACCAAUUGCUAUCAUUGAACCAGUCAAAAAACUCAUGACAAAAAUCUUAACAAUAAGAAUGGAAAAAUUAAUCAGAGAACACAAUAUUUUAAAAGGCUAUAACUUUGCUGCUCAAAAACACUCAUCACCACAAAUCCCAAUACAAAUAAUAAAUAACACUAUUGAACAUUGUUGGGAUACCAAAUCAGAAACAUGGAUAAUGUUCCAAGACAUGUCAAGGGCAUUUGAUAAUGUAAACAUUGAAAGACUGAUCAUUACUCUCAAAAGAAUAGACCUCCCAGAAAAUUUCAUAAAUUUGAUAAAAAAUAUUCAUACUGGAAGGAAAGCAAAAAUCAUUACUCCAUUUGGCUUAACUAACCCUAUAUCAAUUGAAUCAGGAAUUGAACAAGGAGAAACAUAUUCACCUUUAUUGUGGAAAUUAUAUUAUGAUCCUAUAUUACAAUACAUACAAGAAAAUACACACAAUAGCUUACUAACAAUCCAUAGCAAGUCACCAUCAGAGACUUUACAUCAUAAAUCACAAACAACAAUCACUAUCCCCCCACUUGCAUUUGUUGAUGAUGUAUCAUGGAUUGCUGAUUCCAGAAGUGGCAUAAAAAAUAUAUUGGAAAUUACUCAACGGUAUAAUAUACUAAACAACAUCCAAGUCAAUUUAAAAAAAUCAGAUUUAUUAAUUCUAAAUUCAACACAUGAUGAUCAAACAAUUUCUGUUACAAAAAAUAAACCCAUCAGGUACCUGGGAGUUUACUAUGACAAUAAAGGCAGCAACAUACGUAUAAAAGAUUGGAAAAGAACUGGUUGGUUUCAUAACAUUGACAUUGAAACAUUCAGAAAAUUCUUCAAAGACACCAAAAAUAACAUGGAACUGGAACACCCCAAUUUUACUGACAUACAUAAGACAGUUGACUAUAAGAUCUUCACAAAAAACAAAAAGGCAUUUAAACAACACAAUAUAAUCUUCCUAGAACAGAUUACCACACAUGAUAAUAGAAAUAUAUUACCAUGGAAUAAAAUCUACAUCAGAAAAUUUGGAACUAAUAAAGCACGAAAGGAACCUAAAUGGUUUCAAAACAUAACAACAAAAUUCAACAACAGAAGGAAAAAUAACUGGGCUAUUAUUGCAAAUGAUGAUAACUCAAUUAUGCUGAUUAAAUUAAUUAACAUCCAAAAAAACAAUUAUGAAUUCAAGAAAUUAAACAUAAUCAACAUAACCAAUAAUGAAAUCAUAACAGAAGUAACAGAACUCACUAACAAGAUUGAGAAUUGCAAAAUAUAUAAAACUGGUAAAAUCAAAAUCAACAAAAAAGACAACCAAAUCAUUUGGAAAAUACCAUAUUUAGAGCUGGUUCACAGUAUUCCAAAUCAAACCAAAUGGUUUGAUAUCUUUAAACCAAUUCCAUCAGAACUUAACAAUACUAUACAAAUUGAACCAUAUGACAUGGUACAAAUUAAAACCACAAUAAAAAAUAAUGAUACACUAUCAACAACAUUAAACAUUCAAAAAAUGAUUCAAAGAAAUUUCACACAUAAACCUAUUGAAUGCUUCUACAUAUCAAAACACCAUAAUCAUAACAAAAAUUCAUCUAAUAUUUCAUUUGCAUGGCUUAUACCAACAAUCACACCAAUGCCCUUUCAUGGCAAAGCUUACAAUUACUGUUCAUCAAAUAGAGCAGAAGCAGAAUGCAUCAAACACAUAUUAUUUUAUAAUGAAUGGAAGGAAAGAAAUAAAAAACUUAUAGAAUGGGAAAAUAAAAGAAAAAUCACAAAAAUUGAAAAAAGAAAAAAAACCACAAACAUAAUAGGGAUUGGAUCAAUUUCUACCACUAGUCACACUAACAACAAUGACAACCUUGAAAAUAUUAAAAAAAUCCAAGACCAAGCUAUACACAAUUGGUUCAUUAAAGCUUCUGAUGAAUUUACAGGCUCGAAUGGUGCUUGGGCAUGGCAUUUUUCACUUGAAGCAAAAAUGUGUUCAGGAAAUAAUGAUGAUAUGGAUAAAAGGGUAUCAGUAAAGCAUAAACAUCUUACAGGAAGCUUGGAUUUACUUUAUGCAUUGGAGGAGUUUAACAUCCAACAUAUGCUCUCAAAAGGAUUAUCUGUUGAUGAUGUAUUAUACAAGCCAAGAUCAAAACAACCCACACUCAAAAAGACUGAUGACACAUCACUCAAGAAUUCUUUUACCAAUGACGAUUUUAGGACCCCUAUUGGUUCUGAGCAUGAUAGUAAUGAUUCUGAUGAGAAUGAUGAUUCCGAUGAAAGUGAUGAGGAGUGUGUGUUAAGACUAAAUGUAGAAGAAAUCGGAUUUGACGAAUACAUUGAUCAGGGUGAUAAACAUGAGUCUAUCGCAUAUUCUUUACUAAAAUCUGAUAACUAUUCAGAAAAACAUUCUCUAGGGAAACACUUGAAGAUUGAGAAAGAACAUUAA